AUGGGGAUCAUCCUCCGGCUGGUCCUCCUCUUCUCCGGCUUCAGCUUCAUCUGCCUGGGGGCCUACCUGAAGUCCCUGGACGCCGGGAGCGACAUCUCGGUGGCCGACAUCUUUGCCUACAUCCUGGUGGCGGGAGGCUUCAUGCUGCUACUGAUGGGGGCCUUCUGGUCCCUCGUUCACGGCAUGAAGAGCAACCUGUACCGGCAGCAGCGGAGGCAGAGGAGACACAGCGCAUCGCAGAUGUACAUCUACACCGUGGACAGACCAAACCUUUACCCUCCCACGUACGAGGAGUCCGAGGCCAGAGGGCAUCGGGCCAUCCCUAUUGGUCCAUCGUCGGUGUGGCUGGGCCUGGCGCCGCCGCUCUACACCCACUCCAGCACCGAGGUGGUGAACGAGGCCUUCAGCCACGAGGAGCCCCCGCCCUACCAGCAGGCGCUUGGUCACGGUGCCCCCCGUCCAGAAGACCCACUGGGAGAGCCCCACCAGUCACAGCACGGCCGUGAUGCAGAAGCAGGACACUCCUACCACCAGACUCUGGGUCAGGGUCCGACUCCUGCUGAGGCACUGGGGGCCCACCAGUCACAGCAACACAGCGACGAAGCAGGUCACCCCUAA